AUGGCUUCGGUUCCGGGUUCCGCCGGAGCCUCCCCGCUCCGUCAACGACGGUUCGCACCGCUUGACCCGCAUCAAUCGGGGUCGGGGGCGUCGACGUUAAAGGGCAUGGUAUUUGACGUAGAUGGGACGUUAUGCCUUCCGCAGAAUUACAUGUUUGCCGAAAUGCGAGCAGCCCUCGGCAUCCCCAAAUCCGUCGACAUCCUGCACCACAUCCAGCGCCUCCCCACCGCCGACGAGCGCGCCACCGCGGCCGAAAAGAUCCGCGCCGUCGAGCGCCGCGCCAUGCAGCAUCAGCAGCCGCAGCCCGGGCUCGUCGAGCUGAUGGAUUAUCUGCAGAAGAGGGGGAUUCCGCGGGCUCUGUGUACGCGGAACUUUGAAACACCCGUCACGCGACUCCUGGAGAAUUUCCUCCCUGAGCAUGUCUUCCUGCCGAUUAUUACGAGGGAAACGCCAGGGUUGCUGCCGAAGCCGGAUCCCGCGGGGAUCUUGUAUAUCGCGACGGAGUGGGGGCUGGAGAAUCGGGCGGAGAAUUUGAUCAUGGUAGGAGAUAGCAUCGACGACAUGACUGCCGGGCACACUGCCGGCGCGGCCACCGUGCUGCUGGCCAACGAGUUCAAUGCCCAUCUCAAGGAUCAUGAACAUACGGAUAUCUGGAUUGAUCGGUUAGAUGAUUUGAUUGGGAUUUUGGAGCAGGGGUUUAUUGGACAUGGGAGAGGCUAG